UGGCGCGGCCAUUAAAUAGCGCAUUGGGCGGGCUCAGGGGUUGUGUCGGUCGGGGUACGGCUUCUGCAAUAUAAACGAUUCUAUACCCGAAAAAGUGCUUUAAAUGCACACCGAGCACCUUGCACACCUGGCUAAUCCCACCCGCCCGCGCAGCGCGAUUCGGGAGCAAAGCCCACGCCGUGCAGAACAGCCUUUGCCCUUCGGGAGAUACAGAAUUGGCCCUACUUGUUCAAUUUUAGGCCCAGCAGUUGUGCAAGAUGCUGCCAAGUGCUGGUGUCUAUUACUUCCCAUGGGAGAUCAACAACUCAGUCCCUGAGGGGGAGGCCCUGAGGACAUUUGGCAGGUUAUGCUGCUAUGACCUGGCCCGAUCCGAAGCCGUUCUCACCGCUCAGCACAGCUCAGCUCAGUACCAGAUCUGUGUCGACACCAAGUUUGUGGAGCCAUUCCAAGCCCAGCUGGGAUCUUUCUACAUUGUCCUGGGAGAGGCUGAAUACAGGGAAGAAACUUCCAGUCCCGUGGUAAAAGCGCGAAUAUUGACCUGCGUGGAAGGGAUGAACGUGCCCUUGCUGGAACAAGCCAUACAGGAGCAGAGGAAGUACUUCAAGGAGAGGGCCUGGAGAAGUGGGGAAAAGGAGAAGUCUCUGAAUCUGGAGUUAAGCAGCUCAUUGUUGGCAGAUUGGAGGAAAGAGGAAAGGGUCAUUAGCACAAAGUAAAGGGUGCCCUGACUCAGUUGCCACACAGGACCAUUCCUGGCAAAACACUCACCUGGAUUGACCAACAAAGAAACAAGAAGAACAAAGAGUCCCUAUUUUCAGUAGCAGCUGCCUCUUCAGGCUUUCAGUAGCUGGUGUCCAAGGGGAGGAUUGAUUUUACCUCCAAGAUAAAUAUUUGCAGUGCCCUGACAACCAUCACUUGACUUUCUUCCUUGACACAAUUAAGUUUAAGAGAUCUUAAAUCCCUUUUGAGAGAUUUAUGGUUUUUAUUGAUAUUUUCCUAAAUAAAGAUGAAAAGAGAAGGCAGCCUGUCUUUUAUUGAUUAAAAUCCUCUUUCUUGCCAAGUCAAAUGCAUUAGACCCUGCACAAACCCUGUGGAUGAUGUAAGAAAAUUCAGUGAUACACAUUUUUCCUCCUCCUCCUCCUAAGUACUGGGUGUGUAAGGAAUUGGUUUAUUUUGAAAAAGUUGCAAGAAAAGGAGAUGAAGUUUACACCAGAGCCACUCUGGUUUAAGAACAUGGUGCCAGGCCCACCCAGCAGAAUUAAACCACUGACAAAAAGACACAAAAUCACUAAUGUCAAAUGAGAAUAAAAUGGUUUUUCUGAUGAAAUGUGCAGAAAAUAAGGACUAAAGCUGUCCAGUGCACAGCACCAGAUAAAAUACAACAGGUAUUGGCACAAUCCCAUUGCAGGCAGGCUUGAUUCAAGGGUCUGAGAUGGAAUUACAGUGCUUGCAUUAAUCUUUAAUAAUUUAGUCUUAUGUUUUUCUUCACCCAGUUACAGAAAUAGAAAAGCUACGACUGAGCACACUCUGUUGAGCCCAAAUCCAAACCCAUGAUUUCAAGAGGCAAGAUUAUAACCUGGUUUUGUGUAAGGCAAUGGCGAGUCUGUCAUGAUGCAUUUAUGUUUACACCUCAUCUCCUAUCUGUUCUACCUUCCUCCUUGUGCUUAAAUUUUAUCCAAAUGGCCAAGUUUGCCAGAGUUGGGAUAAUCCAAGAUGCCAGGACUGAGAACAUCCAAAAUACCAGGUUUCUACAAGUGUUAAGAUAAAAAAUCAACCCACAAAUCCUACCAGUAAAGAACAGAGCAAAUUUGGCAAUGACUUCAGAUGGAAAUUUCAGUGCAAACUCAAUCUUCAUAAGCCACCAGAGAACCCACACAAGAGUUUGCCAUGGCCGUGUGGAUCCCACUUCUGCCACAGAGCAACUAAUGCUUUGUUUUUUUCAAAUUAGCAAAAUCAGGAUU